AUGGAUCCCGCUUCUGAAGCUGCCAGGACCGAUCUUAUGACACUGACCAGACAUGUGUUGAAUGAGCAGUCCAAGCACCCAGAAGCUCGCGGAGAUCUCACCAUUUUGCUAAAUCACAUUGUCCUUGGCUGCAAAUUCGUCUGCUCUGCAGUUAACAAGGCUGGCCUCGCAAAACUUAUUGGAUUGGCCGGUGAGACAAACGUCCAAGGAGAGGAGCAGAAGAAGCUUGACAUCCUUUCUAACGAUGUGUUCGUCAAGGCCCUCGUCAGCAGCGGCCGAACGAACGUUCUCGUGUCAGAGGAACUGGAAGAUCCUAUUUUCGUCGAUAAAAGACUCCGCGGAAGGUAUAUUGUGGUCUUCGACCCGCUUGAUGGAUCUUCCAACAUCGAUUGCGGAGUGUCCAUUGGAACAAUUUUCGGCGUCUACAUGCUCCAAGCUGGCGACGAUGGCGUCAUUCCCGAAGGCACGAUUGAGGAUGUUCUGCAGCCUGGAACCAAGAUGGUGGCAGCAGGGUACUGCAUGUAUGGCAGUUCAUGCACGCUGGUGCUGAGCACUGGUAAUGGAGUUAAUGGAUUCACCCUGGAUCCGUCUCUCGGGGAGUUCAUCCUCACGCACCCGGAUAUUCAGAUGCCCAAGAAGGGGAAAAUUUACUCGGUGAAUGAAGGAAAUGCACUGAAUUGGGAUGAGCCAACCAGAAAGUUUGUGGAGUCCUGCAAGUUCCCAACUGAUGGCUCGGCCCCGCGCUCCCUUCGCUACAUUGGAAGUAUGGUGGCGGAUGUGCACCGGACACUUCUGUAUGGUGGAGUUUUCAUGUACCCGGCUGAUAAGAAGAGUCCCAAUGGCAAACUGAGGGUGCUGUAUGAAGUUUUCCCCAUGUCUAUGUUGAUUGAGCAAGCAGGUGGCCAGGCUUUCACAGGAAAGCAACGUGCCCUGGAGCUUGUUCCAACCAAGAUCCAUGACAGGUCCCCAAUCUUUUUGGGCAGUUAUGAUGAUGUUGAGGCUAUUAAAAAUCUCGUGUCUGAAAUUGCCGGCCUCCUCCGCAUUCUGACCACUGCUGUCGUGUCGUCCUUUUUGAAUGAGACCGGAAAGCUCGCAGACAGACAACGAAAGUCGGAGUUUGAAGAGCUGCGAGAGCAGUCGCUGAGGAAGAUCCUGAGGCAGCACGAGAUGGAAAUUCAGGCCGCCAUCGACAAGAACAUUGGCUGGUUCUCACAUUACCUCUCGAGACUCCGUCUGUCGUCUCGUGCUGGGGCUGGAAGAGACGAGGACGACGAUGAUGACGCCAGCAGCGUGUCUUCGCAUUCAGCCUCCGCUACAGAAACCCUCGCUACUGGCACGUCCGAGGGGGACGAGCGUGGCGGGGAUGACCUGUCGAAUGUGGGCAACAUGGACAUGCCCAUGCACAAAGUGCACGGGGUCUUGCAACCCUGCCUCCCUCUGCCGGCCGAGCCUGAGCUCUCGCACCUGCAGCUGCCCGAACCUUUUCCCGACACAGUAGUGACGCGCCUUCGUUACUAUCACCUGGACGAGGACGCAAUCGAGAUCGAGAGUACACUAGGCGCCAGGCAGGGCCAGCUGGGGCGCACGGUCCAGCUGGACAUGUUCACGGGGAAGCAGACGAUGGGCGAGAGGGCCAAGAGCUUCCGCGUGCAGGCGAGCAUGGAGGUGCACUGUGGGUUUGCGGGGCCCAACACGGGGUUUACUGUGUCUGAGGCGGACCAGCGGUGGUUAAAGAGGUGCCAGGUGGCGGUGGUGACGGCGAUAUUCGGGGGAGGUGACAUCCUGGUGCAACCCAUUGGGAUGACACAGGCGUCUUUGGAAAAGGUGUGCUAUGUGGCGUUUUGGGACGAUGUGACAGCAGCAGCGCAGGCAGAGGCGGGGGUGGUGCCGGAUGCAGAGACCAUGAAAGUGGGGCUAUGGCGCAUUGUCAUUGUCAAGGACCUGCCGUUUGUGGACCAGCGGAGAAACGGAAAGAUCCCAAAGAUCUUGUCUCACCGCCUCUUCCCCCGCGCCCGCUUCUCCAUCUGGGUCGACUCCAAGUACCAGUUCCGCCGGGACCCCCUCGGAGUGCUCCACACGCUGCUGUGGCGGCAGCAGCCGCGGGCAGAGUUUGCAAUCUCGGAGCAUGGGGCAAGGAGCUGCAUCUAUGCGGAGGGGGAGGCGAUUGUGAGGAAGCACAAGGCUCAGCCGGAGGAGGUGGCAGUGCAGCUGAACCAGUAUCGCACCGAGGGGCUCCCUGUUAAUGCCACUUACAAUGGGAAGAAAGCAUUGGCAGAGGCAUCUAUCAUAGUGAGGGAGCACACCGCAGCCACAAACCUGUUCAUGUGCCUGUGGUUCAACGAGAUGGUGCGAUUCACUGCUCGUGAUCAACUCAGCUUUGGCUACACGCUCCGCCGGCUCGACCUGGUGAAACCAAACAUUCCUUUCGCUGAAGCGAUCGAAGCGAUUGAACGAGCUGAGUGGUGGCUCGAAGCUCUGGACGAGGCUCUCGCACCAUUCUCCCGAGGCCUCGCUUCGGGCCCUUGUCCUCGGCGGAGAAUGCCAGCUCUGGAGUCGACCAGCGAUCCAGUCGCCAUGGACACUCAGCCUCCAAGCGUCGGCGGUAGCAGUGCGCUGGGUGGAUUGGAGGGGAGAGGGAAGCUGCAGCUGGUGCAGCCGUCGUCUGCAGAUGAAGAGGCGAAGGUGGUGAGGGAGCUGAUGAACACGGCGGAUGCUGGGAUGAAGGAAGGAGACACCUACAACCUCGUAGACGCCAGGUGGUGGCGCGCGUGGUCCAGAUACUCUGGCUAUUCGGAAUCAGAGGGUGAGGCGCAGAAGCUUACUGUGAAGCCGCUACCCAUAGACAACUCGAGCCUGGUGGGUCGGGAGGCGCAGGACAGGUCCGGCAGUGCCGAGCCUCACCUGCGGCUGGAGCUGAUGGAGGAGGGGGACUACGUGCUGGUGCCGCAGUCAGUGUGGCGCGUGCUGCACUCGUGGUACGGAGGCGGGCCAGUGGUAUCCCGCCACGUGGUGCGCAUGGGGGGCCGGGAGGAGCUAUCAGUGGAGGUCUACCCGCUCUCUCUCGAGCUCUCCUGCGUCUCUGCUGCCACCUCGCUGCCCCCUCGCGUGGAGUCGGUGGUUAUCAGCAAGCGGGCGACUGUGGGCCAGCUCAGGCACCGCGCGUGCGAACUGUUUGGGUUGCAGCCAGAGAAUGUGCGAGUGUGGGACAACUACGGGGGCAAGCGCCACAAGGUGUUGAGCGAUGAGGCCCAGGCCCUGGAAGACGCAGAGCUGCAGAUGGGUAACCAGAUUCUGGUGGAGGUGGGAGAUAACGGCCAAUGGCCAGCCCAGGCCGUGCAUCUAGAAUCCUCCUCGUCCCCCUCCUCUCCCUCCACUCCUUCCCGCACCUCCAAACCUGCCAGCACGUCCCCCUUCCACACCGUCACCUCCCCCCGUACCUCCACUCUCGCUUCGGCAGCCGAACCUACCGCAGCCGAGCCUAACGUCUCCAUAGCAGGAGGCCCUCUUUCGCACUAUAGCAGUGUGGGGGCUGCUCCCCCGCCUGGCGCGCUGUUCAUCACCUCAUGGCCUCCCAACCCUGCCGAGGAAGGAAUGGAGGGAGUAGGAGCAGGGGCAGACACAGGUGCAGGGGUGGAGGGAUCUACCUGGUCCCCUGUGAGGGAAAUGACUGAUGCAGAGGCGGCAGGGGGGGAAGAAGAGGGUGAAGGGGGCGGGACCGCUGCAAAUGGAGUCGAUACCAGCGCUGCUGCUGCUGCUGCUGCUGCUGGGGGGGGUAGUGCUGGUGACGUGAGAGGGAAGCUGAAAGCAGCCUUCCCAGCAGAUGUGGGGCCGGCUAAGAAGCCCACGUCUGGGCUUACGCUAUCCAUUGCGCCCCCUCCUCCUCCCCCCUCCUCUUCCUCCUCCAUGGCUAUAGUCCCCGUGCCUGGCGCCGAGGAGAAGAAAGGCUCGGGCUCAGGCUCGGGGUUCCCGUUCAGGUUCGGGUUUGGGUUCGGUAGUUCAAGUGCCAAGGCAGCAAGUGCGGCAGCAGCUGGUGUGGGAGCCGGAGCAGGGGCGCGAGCAGGGGGGUCGCAGGGGAUUCAGGGCGGUCCAGUGGGGUUGACAGGGUUGGUGAACCUUGGGAAUACGUGCUUUAUGAACAGUGCGCUGCAGUGCUUGGUGCACACUGUACCAUUAGUGGAGUACUUUAUGGGGGACUAUAUGAGAGAGAUCAACAGAAGCAACCCCUUGGGAAUGGAGGGUGAGAUGGCAACAGCAUUUGGCGAGCUGCUGCGCAAGCUGUGGGCGCCAGGAAGAGACCCCGUGGCUCCCAGGGCGUUCAAGGCGCGCCUCUCGCGCUUUGCCCCUCAGUUCAGCGGCUACAACCAGCAUGACUCGCAGGAACUCCUGGCAUUUCUAUUGGACGGGCUACACGAGGAUCUGAACAGGGUGAUGCGCAAGCCGUACAUCGAAGCCAAGGAUGCUGACGGGCGGCCGGACGAAGAGGUGGCGCGGGAGAAUUGGGAGAACCACAAGGCGCGAAACGACUCCAUCAUUGUUGACAAGUUCCAGGGUCAAUACAAGUCAACGCUGGUGUGCCCGCACUGCAAGAAGGUCUCAGUCACCUUCGAUCCCUUCAUGUACCUCUCGCUGCCGCUGCCCUCCAAGGCCACGCGCUCGCUGCACCUCACGCUGCUCUCCUCCUUCGGCGACCAGCCCCCCCGCUCGCUCACUGUCACGGUGCCGCGCACAGGCAGGGUGCUGGACCUGCAGAGAGCACUGGCUGAGGCGUGCCAGCUACCCGCUGGGGAGAGACUGCACGUGGCUGAGAUCUACAACAAUCGCAUCUUCCGCUCGUUCCCACCGCUGGAGCAAAUCUCCUCCAUAGAGGACCGCGACAGGCUGCUGGCUUACCGCGUGCCAAGGGGGUGUGAAGCCCCCGUUAUAGUCACACAGCGAAUCAAGGAAUCCUCCACAGUCACAAACGAUUUCUUCUGGCGUCUGCACGGCGCGCCUCUCCUCCUCCCAGUCUCCCGCUUUGACAUCCGUUCCGGUGCCGACCUUUACCACCACGUGCGCACUGCCCUCAGGCCCUUCCUGCGACCAGGGGAAGGAAGAGAGGGACAGGCAGUGGCAGCAGAAGAGGAGCCGCUGUUUUCGCUGUCAGUUACUCGAGCGCAUGUUGAGACAGCUGCUGAUGCCAUUCGGAUCCCCGAUGGGACUGAUUUGCCCAAAGGAUUUACUCCGGAUAUGCUUUCCAAGGAUGGACUCGCGCUGCUUCUGGAUUGGUCGGUCAAGGGGCUGAAGGAACUUUACGAUGUCGGGCAGCUUGAGGAGCUGCCCGAGGUGAGCUCGGGCAGUGCAGGGCUGCCCAUGAAGAACAAGCGGCAGGAGGGAGUGACGCUGUUCUCGUGCCUGGAUGCGUUUAUCAAGGAGGAACCUUUGGGCCCUGAUGAUAUGUGGUACUGCCCGCAGUGCAAGGAGCACAGGCAGGCCACCAAGAAGCUCGACCUGUGGCGACUGCCGGAGAUCCUCGUGGUGCAUUUGAAGCGCUUCUCCUACAGCCGCUACUUCAAGAACAAGCUCGACACACUCGUCACCUUCCCCAUUCAUGACUUUGACCUCUCGCCGUACCUGCCGCCCUGCAACGCGGAAGGAGGCGGCAAUGUGUAUGAGCUGUAUGCGAUCAGCAAUCAUUACGGUGGCAUGGGUGGAGGGCACUAUACUGCAUAUGUUCAGUUGGGCAACGAGCGCCAAUGGCACACCUUCGACGACAGCUUUGUUUCUCCUGCAAACGAGUCACAGAUCGAAACACCUGCAGCUUACGUGCUCUUCUACCGUAGAGUGGGGAGCUCGCACCAUUAUGCAGCACCUCAGAACGAAGCAUCAGGCGACAAUAACUCUGCGGCUGAGCAUGGUAAAUCUUCAAGUUAUGUGGGUUUGAAAGAGGCAAUAGUCCCACGCGCGACGCGAGCCCCAAGCUCCCGCCACGGGCGCCGAGGGCGGACGCUCCAGACAACGCAGCUCGCGCGCACUGCGAGACGAGCAGCCCGCGUGACCGCGCGACGAGCAGAGGAGGAGCCCGCGCGACGAGCAGCGGAGGAGCCCGCGCGACGAGCAGCGGAGGAGCCCGCGCGACGAGCAGCGGAGGAGCCCGCGCGACGAGCAGCGGAGGAGCCCGCGCGACGGAAAGCGGAGGAGCCCGCGCGCGUAGCAGCGGAGGAGCUCGCGAGACGAGGGGCCGUCCUGCCCGCGCGCGUAUCUGCGGAGGAGCUCGCGAGAGCGGAGGAGCCCGCGUGCGUAGCAGCGGAGGAGCCAGCGCGCGGGACGAAGGGGAGGAGCCCGUGCGACGAGCGCGCGCUGCUCGCGACACGCCGCUCACACGUGGGGUCACCGGGCUACGACCCCCGCUCGCGAGUGUCUUGGGGGGGCUGCGCACUGAAGGGGAUCGCGGGGCAGCAACCGCGCGUGAAGGAUCGAUCAAGAGGUUACAACAGGUGA